AUGAUGUUUUUGGUAGUCUCUGGGCUGCUUGGCCUGCUGGCAUUUGUCAAUGGAAAUGUUGUGGUCUUCACAUCAGACACCCCACAUGUGAUAGAAGAUGAGUUCCGCGAUAUACCAGCGAGCUUCGGGCCCGACAUUCCGCUGGAGGGGCUGCGCGGGCUCCUGGUGGCGGGCCAGCCGGCCGACGGCUGCGGCAACCUCACCGUGCCGCCGCGCAUCGACAACUACACCGACAAAUGGAUCGUACUCGUUGGCAGAUACAACUGCAGUUUUGAGGUGAAGGUGCGCAACGCGAUGGCGGCCGGCUACGACUGCGCCAUCGUGCACAACGUCAACUCGUCCGAGUUAGAGACGAUGUCCGCGAAGAAUCCGGAAGGCAUCGACAUACCGUCCGUGUUUGUGAACGACGUCGCGGGCAAACAGCUCGCAGAGAAAUACCUCUACACUAAGGGAUACUUUAUAAUGGUGAACGGCGAUUUGCCGUUCAACAUCAACACGCAUCUGCUGCUGCCUUUCGCGGUGGUCGUCAUAUUAUGCCUCGUCAUAAUACUCAUAUUCAUGAUAGUGAAAUGCAUCAAAGACAGGCGGCGAGCUCGUCGACACCGCCUUCCUAACCGUUCUUUAAAGAAGAUACCCACUUGCAAGUUCAGUAAGGGAGACCCUUACGAAACCUGCGCCAUAUGUCUGGAUGACUACCAGGAAGGCGAGCGGUUGAGAGUGUUGCCCUGUGCACAUGCUUACCACGCCAAAUGCGUGGAUCCGUGGUUGACGCAAAACCGUCGCGUGUGUCCCGUCUGCAAGCGACGCGUGCUAGCGGCCGGCGAGACGGAACGGAGACAUAGGGAUUCCGACUCCGACGACACCGACCCUUUACUGGAGCCCAGCGAUGAUCGACCCACGCAGGGCGGCACGUUUGAGCAACAACGAGAGAAUCCCUUUCAACGCGCCGCCCGCCUCAUGAGGCAACGUCUACGCGGCCGUGACACAACUGACGAAGACCAGGAGACACCACCGACAGAAGGCAGCGUUCCGCCCGACGACGGAAAUGAAGAGGGUAGAUCUGACGACACGGCGCCCCUUCUGGCCCCGCCCCGCGCGGGCGCAGUCUCGGAGCGCAGCCCCCGCCGGACGCGCGCCGCCCGCCCCCGCGACCACCCCCGCGCCGCCCGCCCUCGCCCCCGCGCCCGCUCCAACCCGCCCGCCCAACCGCCCCCGCCUGUCAUAGUAGCCACGCCCACGACGCUCAUUAUUAACUCCGACGGAUCCAUCAACAACAACGACGCGCAGAUCGGCGUAGCAGCAUUACCGGCUCCACGGGAUCUGUCUUCCCCGCACCACGUCGAGUUAUGAACGCCACGCCUAACUCCUACAGCGUCUACGAGUGACGUCGUGUAAAGACAAUACUAUUAUUAGUAGAAGAUCCGAACCUACAUCGACCUUCAUCGAGCUGAUAAUAGGAUGAAACAUAUUUUAUCAUGAA